AUGUUUGUAGUGCGUGACCAAGCAUUGUCGAAAUGGUUCCACAGAUCCAACUGCUGGCUGUCGACCCAGGUUGAUGUAGCACAAUCAUUAAUUUGGACAUAUUACGAAAACUACUAUAAUGAUUUAAUUGCUGGUCUUGUGACUUCGAAUGACACUGAAACGGAGAGUUCCAGUUCGGGAUCCGGUAGAAUGGAAAGGAUUAAACCGGAAAAGUUACCACGACAAAGAGUACAGAAAAUAUGGCGGAAUGUCCGAUGGGCCACAGGGUUUCCGGAUGAAACUGUUCACAUUGAAGCCAACGACAUUACCCCUCAUGUCGCUCUACGGAAAGUGGCGUUGUUGUUUGAGACGAAGAAAUACGAGGAAUGUGCUACUCUCAUAAGGAAAAUGAACUAUGUGACUUUAGAGAAUAUUCUGGCAGAAGUUCCUUUGGAAGUUCUGUACGACUCUAUGCCAUACAGUCUAUCUAUCCUAGAGGCACUGUAUGUGAAAAUAUACGAUAGCAGCGACGAAAGCUUUCCCAAAGACCAAUUAUGCUUAGAUCAAUUGCUAAAGAGAAUGGUUGUGUGUUUUGCUAAAUUAUCCCAAAAUUCAGUAAAAGCAGAGCAGUAUGAUAUCAAAUACUAUCCAUCGUGUAGAAACAUUUUACGCGUUGUGUUGUCGAUGGAGCCGCAAGUGAAACGUCAAAUAAGACAGAAAAGACGUGCGUUAGACAGAUGUCUUAAACAUCUCGGCCAGCACGGGCUUGUUGACUGUUCGAACGGAAACCUUAUGCAGCUUCACGACGCAAUGAAACUCCAGCUUGAACAAAUAGUAUCGAAUUAUCGAAAUGCUUUAGUGACACUUGACGAGCUUAGUCUAGUGACAACGAAACAUCCCCCCGCCAGAUCAGUUUCAUUCGGAAAGGCACCAAGUGCUGCGAGUCACCAGAGGCUCAUGCAAGUGACACGCACGGACGUUCAGAGUCGAAUCAUAAAAAAUAGGACGGUUUACGAUAUAGUGGAGCCAACCAUUAUCAAUCAAUGUCUUAAAAAACUCAUGACAAUUCUUGAAAAACGGAUUGAGUAUGAUAAACUAGCUCUUUUUCAUGACACCGAGCUACGGAAAUUGUGCGAAGGACUUCCAGAGGAGAUGUCAAUGUGUAUGACCUUGAGACUCUUUGCUCAAGGUUACGGUGUUGUUUGUCAACUCCUGAAGGAAGUGUCCGAUGACGAUGAAGGUGUGUCCGAGGACGAUGGUGGUCAGUCGACAGACGAUGAGCUACUGUCACCGAUUACGCACAUGGACAAAAUAAAAACGUUACCCGGACAGAUGAACGGUUUUCACAAUUACAGAGGUAGCGGUGGCAGCACCGGUCGUCUACGAAAUGGGACGGGGAGGAAAAAUACAGGACUGAGGCCUUCUAUAAUAUCUGGUCCAUUUCCGGUCAAGCCGGAAGUAAAUGGGAUCCGAAAUGGACAUGCGAACCUUGUGCCACACUCUCUACAGUAUACCGUCAUACCUGUACUCAAUGGAGCGACCAAGCACUUGAAUCCGAACUCAGAUCACGUGGUUACCAAUGGCAAGCAUGAACCUGAUCAGCACAAACUUGAAAUCGAGAGGCUUGAACGGGAAGUGGAUCAUCUCCGAAUAGAGUUACAAAAAAGCACCGAGAUGGUUGAACGGCUACAAGACAAAGAACGUGAACUAAAUACAAGACUUGCCAAUCUUUCAUCAUUUUCACUUGAGGAAUCCGGAAACCACUUUGCGCAGGAGCAUGAGUGGGUUGGACACUACGCAGCGCUUUACACCCACGGCCGACUCGAUGCACUGCAGACGCUCAAUCGUCUGGAACAGCUGGGCAAUCUAACGGCAUUGAAGGAUAAAAUUAUAUUUUCCGUCAUUGUGCUGGCGUUUCGGGCGACGCAACAAGCUGUUCAUGAAAUCCGAGGGAAACUACGCCAUUUGCUAAAUCUUCCCCACCCGGAUAUCCGGUCCAAUGCGCAAGCGCCACUUCAACAGCAGAUGGACCGUCAGAUUGGACGAUAUCUCACCGCAACUGCGGACAGAUUUGAUCUCUCUGAUGUUGUUAAGGAGGUGUGUACCCAAAUCUACGCCACACUUUAUGAUUAUCCGUGCCUUAAGGAAUGCGACGGCCUGAAAGAUUACAUCACUUCCAGUGUCCGUGUUGCUUGGGGACUUGCAGUUCAAAACCCUUCUUAUUUUCUAUCAUAUGACUCAAGAAGAUUCAAUCCCAACUUCCACACACGAGUGGAAAAUUGUGAUAAUCAAAACCAGGACAUUUUUUCUUUUAUGUGGCCUGCACUGACCGAGGGAUAUGGCGGACCUGUUGUGCACAAGGCCGUUGUGAUCACGUGA